AUGCAACUAAGUGAGAAUUCACAGCCGAUACGGAUCGAGUACACACCAAUUCAAGAUUCUAGCACAACCAUGUUCAUCAAAUCUGGUGUUAUAUCACAUAAUACGGAGAGGAUCUAUUUCUGCACGAAAAAUGGGCUGCUAUUGGAGUUUACUGAGGCUGAUCCUCCAAGAUGGAUAAACCAUGGGAAGCCUCCUGGUGCAGAUGUUGCAGCCAUAGCACCUCGUAGUUUAGGUGAACCAGACAUAUGUACGAUUUCUGAAAGCCCUUCCACUUCCAGACCAAAUUCAGAAAUAAAAUACGCAUUCGAAGUGGUGUGUAUAAUAAAAGGCCAUAUGGUGUUGUGCUUUCCCUCAACGCCUAAUAAGCUGUGGAUGACUGUGGGUUUGUUUCUUGGUGGUUCAUCUCUUUUUGGCGUUGGUUUGUAUCUUUCUUAUGUCCAUAUUGCCCCUCAACAAGCUCGAAUAAAAGCCCGAAAUGAUUAUGUAAGAGAUAGGUUGAAAAAGAAAUACGGGUAUGACAAAUUCACUACCCAGCCAAACAAAGACUAAUUUCACUUCAUGUCAAAGGAAAUGGAAUAGGAAGCAUGAAAAUGACCAAAAUACCCUUUCUUUAAUUGUGUAUGUAAUUUGUUGUGUUUAGUAUCAAUUUUCAGGUCUUAUCAAAAUUGUGCCUUUGAUAUGAAUACCACAUUCUUAAGCACACACCAUUGGAUUUUGCAUUGUAUGCAUUUGUUGGAUGGAAUGGAAUGAACUGACAAAUGAAUGGAAUGGCUAAAGGUAAUUGAAUAAGCAAAAGAUAAUGGAAU